UGGACGCCCGCUUCGCAGAUCCACUUUUCGUGACACGGAAAAUCACGUUUACGGAAAGAAAACCGUGGCACGCUGUGCAAGGAUGCUGAUCUCGAUUGUGCCGGGAUGUGUGCUCCUUUUUGUGAAGUGCGUGCGAAGCUGUGACCGCGGCCGUGAAGAGUGUGAAGUGUGAUUUGCAAACAUCUCGCUUCAGCUCGGGAGUGGCCCUACUCCUGAAACAACCCUCCUCCCCCCUAGGGUAAACAAAAAAAUCCAAGUUUGUUUCCGCUCCGCGGCCAAUCCUUCCGGUUUUCGUGCUCGUUCCGGAACCUACAGCAGCAGCACCAGCACCAGCACAGGCACAACCCACGAAGAACGGAAACCAUGAGCGCGUAGAUCGCUCUGACCGAUCCGCGCGACUCGGCGAAAGCGGAAGGAUCUCCUCGCUCUUCUUCCUCUCACCCUUGUUACGAGCUAGUGUCGACGGUCGUCCUCGCCCGGAUGUCCUUGCUGUGCCCGUGAUCAGCGCCACGCCAUUCAUAUGCUGCUUGUAGGUUGAUCUUCUCGCUCACGGGUGCGGUGCUCCGCUCGCCCGUACUACUCCACAGCACCAGCAGCGUUCGCGAUCGUUCGCGAUCGUUCGUUCGUUCGUUCGGUUCGUGUCCGGUGGUGGCCACCCGAGAGGGUCACAAAGGGCGCGCAACGAAAUGAACGUCAGCCUGUCCACCGAAGCUCCACCGGCCUAUGGGACGAACGAGAACGGUACCACCAGAGGCGUCACCGUCAAACCAGCCGCCAACCCGGCGGAGCACCACCCGCAGGAAGAUCGUUACGCGUACGCCUGCGAGGAACCGACGAGCGAGUCCGUGGCAACGAAGACGGAAAGCCUCGAGGAUGUGUACAAGACCUGCAACAGCCAGUCGGUCGUCGAGUGGAUCAACGAUGAUGACGAGCUGGAGCGGCUCGAUCUACCGAUCGGACUCGAUCCGACCAGCACCGUGUUCAAUCGGGUCGACAGUUCCGACAUCAUCUAUCAGGAGAAGAAGAAAAAGUGCAAACUCGUCGGCAAGUACGUGAUGGGUGAUGUCCUCGGUGAGGGUAGCUAUGGCAAGGUGAAAGAGGUGCUCGAUUCUGAAACGCUUAGUAGGCUAGCGGUCAAGAUCCUAACCAAACGCAAACUAAGACGCAUUCCAAAUGGCGAGCAGAACGUACGGCGAGAGAUCAAGCUACUGCGGAAGCUGCAGCACCGGAACGUGAUCGAGCUGCUGGAUGUGCUGUACAACGAGGAGAAACAGAAGAUGUACCUCAUCAUGGAGUACUGUGUGGGGGGACUGCAGGAGAUGCUCGACUCGGUACAGGACCGGAAGCUGCCAAUGCACCAGGCACACGAUUACUUCGUACAGCUGCUGGACGGUCUGGAGUAUCUGCACGGUCGUGGCAUCAUUCACAAGGACAUAAAGCCGGGCAAUCUGUUGCUAACACUCGAUCACACGCUAAAGAUUUCUGACUUUGGUGUGGCCGAGGCACUGGACAUCUUUGCACCGACGGACGAGUGUACGACCGGGCAGGGUUCACCCGCCUUCCAACCACCCGAAAUCGCAAACGGUCAUGAGGUGUUUUCAGGAUUUAAAGUUGAUAUCUGGAGCACGGGCGUUACACUGUACAAUAUAACUACCGGAUUGUAUCCGUUUGAAGGUGAUAAUAUUUAUAAACUGUUAGAAAACAUAGGUAAAUGCGAAUGGCAACCGCCCGAGUGGCUGGAAUGCCGGUUGGCCGAUCUGCUGGUAAACAUUCUGCAAGCCGAUCCGACGAAACGAUUCACUCUGCAGCAAAUUCGCCACCAUGAAUGGUUCCAGUUUGCGCCGCUUGCUUCUAGCCCGCCCGUGCCGAUACCACCGUUAAAGGGCGAUUGGCAUCGGUGCUCCACCGUGUUGCCUUACCUGAUAGCACACCACUAUGAGGGCGAUCGUGAUAUGCCGGCCGUUUACUUCACCGAGCACGAUAUCAACGAAGAAAUGGCCCGGCAGCGAUAUGAGCAGGAACAGGCGCUGCUCGAUCCUAACUAUCUCGGCCGGAUGGAGUCCCUAUCGUUCCAUUCGGAUGACGCUAGCAUGCAGGAUGGUGGUACACGUUACCAGCAGUACAUCACCACCGGCAGUACCGGUGGCCGUGGAACCGGCUCGGAAAAGCGACCCUCGAGAAGCUUCUCGCUUUCACCGAAACCGAGCCUAAGGCAUACGGUUGCCGGUCCGAUACCCGGGACCACCACCAGCAGCUCAGCCGGUGCGGCCAACAAUAACAACAACAGCAAGCGGCGAACGCGGAAAACCGUUUCCUGCAUAUCGUGGCGCAAAUGGCCCCACUGUAGGCAAUCGUGAAUUCAGCGCGCAGUCCAGGGCUUGGUUGGCAGAGAAGGUUGUAAACUCAGGUUUCGUAACAGUUCCCCUCCCUCUUUCAAACACAUAUACAUCCACACACAUACACCACACAACAAUACGAAAUCAUUCACGAGAUGGGCCCA